GUAAGUCAGGUGGUCCUUCACUGCCCCGCUGACCGUGUUUAUAUCUGUCUGCUGGUUUAAGAGAGAGAUGAUGAGGGUGAGAAGGAGGAUUGGCUGAAUGAAGGGUUUGAUCUAUGAAAUAGAUGGAGAUGAGAGCAGAGGUUGUGUAAAGAUGUCAUUUACAGAGUCGUGUGUGUGAGGAAAGAUGCUCAGAUGAUGAACAUAAAUGUCACACUCACAUCUCAGAGCAGCUAAAGAAAAGCGUGUGCAGUAAUCGGAGCCCGCGGGGAACUCGCAGAACAUCUUAUUUAUUACAGGACAAACUAACAAAGAUGGAGUCCGACAGCGAAGAGAAUCGAAGUGAAAUAUGUGAUGGACUUCUGGCUGACUGCAUCGCUGAGUCGCACAGCUUGAAUCCCGGAGCGGGUAAAAAGCGAGCGGCUGCAGAAGGGGCCCGCGGGGCGCCGGUCAACAAGAGGAAAUCUCUCCUAAUGAAGCCCCGGCACUACAGUCCCAGCCCCUGCUCCAGCGAGGGGGAUGUCGAGCAAGACCUGGCAACCGCUCAGGAUAAAGACGCGCCCAGGAACACUGACACUCCAGCAGAUGAGGAUCUCCGUGGUGAUGAUGUUCUGGAUGAUAGCGUCUAUCACAACACAAAGUCCCACCCCCUGCUGUCGUGGUCAGAACAAACAAGCGAAGGUUCUCCAGACUUGGUGGCUCAAAUAUCUAAACACCAGACCGAACGGGAAGAGGAGGACUUUGAAGACAAAAACCAGGUGGAGAUCAGAGCCGGCUAUCAUUUGUCCCCGGACCAAGAACCAGAUGAGGAAGAAUGGGGCAGUCCUCCAUCCCUGACCAAGAUCAAUGGCAUCCAUCACAGCCCCAGUCCACCUGCAGAUGAUGGCCUUAUAAAGAAACUCAGAAUAGGGCACCAGCUCCAGGAAGAUGCCAUAUCUGCUUACAUCAACAGAUCUAGCGCAGGGACCUUGAUGGAUGAGUACGGUUGUCAGAGGGAGCUCAGUGACAGUGAGGAAGAGCUACAAAUGCCCAGGAUGGAGGAACGAGGAGGUAUUUGGGGUCCAGGUCUGGUGGCCAGACAUUUAGAGUUGGACAGGGCCCGGUUGAACCUCAGUCUGCUGGAACAGGCUAUGUUACUCCAGUCUGAACAUAGACAGGUCAUUCACAGUGCCUAUAAGGACAUGGACCGCUUUCUACUUGAGCAGAUGAACCAUGAAAGGAGGCAGCAGAGGAUGCUGGAGAUGGACGCCCGGACCCUAUUCCACAGCAGCAAAGAUUCCCCUCGGACCGAAAAGAAAGACAUCAAAUGCCCGACCCCGGGCUGUGACGGGACAGGUCAUGUGACCGGUCUCUAUCCACAUCACCGGAGCCUGUCGGGAUGCCCACACAAAGUCAGAGUUCCCCCAGAGAUUCUUGCAAUGCACGAGAAUGUCCUAAAAUGUCCGACCCCCGGCUGUACAGGGCGAGGUCAUGUUAAUAGCAACCGUAGCACGCAUAGAAGUCUCUCGGGCUGUCCGAUAGCUGCAGCGGAGAAGAUCUCCAAACCACAGGAGGAGACGGCGAAGUGCAGACUUAUGACAGAGAGAAUGGCCAGACCUUUAGGAAACAUGAAGAAGUUUGACUUCACGUACAGAUUUGCACAUCCCAUGGCAGCGUUGCAGGCCGGCGUAUCUAAAGACAUGGAGAAGUUCAGUAAAGGCCAAUUCGACUACGCCAGCUUUGAUGCCCAGGUCUUUGGCAAGCCGACGCAGAUGGCAUCUGACCAAACCCACGAGUCUUCGCACUUUUCUGACCCAUCUGCACAAUACUCCAGUUUUCUGGGUCCCUGCAGUCGCAUGCUUGUGACCGGAGACAACAGCCCCGUUGGCCACAAAGCCCAAAGCAACGGCCUCCAGUCCAACAUCACGUCCGCAUCCAUCCUCAACCUCUCCACCCGUUGCCGAGACAACAGCGAGGCCCUGCCCCCUGGCCGGCCCCUGGCAUCAUCCACAAAGGAUUCCCUCAUUGAGGUAGAUGAGAAUGGAACACUGGAUCUGAGUAUGAAGAAGAAGAGAGAUAAAGCGAGGGAAUCUCCUGUGAUGCCAGCAUUAGGAGAAGCUUUGUUCACCCCACCUGAACCUUCUCUAGCCAAAGCGGCAGGACUCCAGAUCUCACCGGCCAUCUACCGUGUCCUCUACGAGCAGGACACAUGGGACACGCCAUUAAACUUCAGCAAAACCCCUGUCCAGCAGGACAAAGAGAUGGAUCAGUUGGAGAACUCGACACAUGAGGAUAAAGUUUACAAUGGGGAUGUGAACAUGGCAAAUGCAAAAAACAAGAUGCUUAUAAGAGACAGCAAAAAAGAGUUAAUGAGUUGUCCGACACCAGGUUGUGACGGUAGUGGUCAUGUGACUGGAAAUUACGCUUCACACAGAAGCGUAUCCGGUUGCCCAUUGGCUGAUAAGACCCUGAAGUCACUAAUGGCUGCAAGUUCUCAAGAGCUAAAGUGCCCAACUCCUGGAUGUGAUGGUUCAGGUCAUGUGACAGGAAACUAUGCAUCUCAUAGGAGUCUGUCGGGCUGCCCUCGUGCCAGGAAAGGAAGCUUGAAGCUGACGCCAAGCAAAGAAGACAACAAAGACGAAUCGGAGAUGAAGUGCCCAGUGGCGGGUUGUGAUGGGCAGGGUCACGUGUCUGGGAAAUACACAUCGCAUCGGAGCACCGGAAGUUGCCCCAUCGCUGCCAUGCGUCAGAAGGAGAGCACCAUGAACGGAUCGGCCUUCUCGUGGAAAUUGUGUAAACAGGAACUUCCUCACUGUCCAUUGCCUGGAUGCAACGGGUUGGGUCACGCCAACAAUGUGUUUGUUACACACAGGAGUUUAUCCGGGUGUCCGCUGAACGCCCAGAGCAUCAAGAAAAAACUCUCGGAUGAGGAGAUGAUGACCAUCAAACUGAAAACCAGCAGUGGUAUUGAAAACAACGACGACAUGCAACACUUGGAUCACGAGAUCAAGGAACUAAAUGAAUCCAAUCUAAAGAUAGAAGCAGAUAUGAUGCAUCUUCAGACUCAGAUCUCAUCCAUGGAGUGCAACUUGAAAACUAUAGAGGAAGAGAAUAAAAUAAUCGAGCAGCACAAUGACAGUCUGUUGAAGGAGUUAGCGCGACUCAGUCAAGCUCUUAUCAACAGUCUCACUGACAUCCAGCUGCCACAGAUGGGUCCCAUCAACGAACAGAAUUUCGAAGCUUACGUGAACACAUUGACAGAUAUGUACAAUAAUUCCCAGCACGAGUAUUCCCCCGAAUGCAAAGCCCUGUUGGACAGCAUAAGACAGGCCAUAAAGGGUAUUCAUGUAUAAGGCCAAACAAUCUCUCUCACAUCGGUUUGAUCUUCUGCAGAGGGCUGGUACUGUGAUCUGUGCAAGAUAUGUCUUGUUAAAAAAAUGAUAAUAACUCCAUUCCAUAACAGAUUCAUUGCACUGAAAAAUACCAGCCAGAUUUUUAAUGCUAUGUUGAUACGUUUCUUUAUUUGUGAUAUUUUACCUCCCUUUGCACUUGUUUAUUUCCUAUGGUUUGCUUAACUUUAAUUCCGUAUAUGUUCUUUUGUGUAUUAUUAUUAUUAUAUUAUUGCUACAUAUUAUCUUUAUUCAUGGGUACUAUUUAUUACACAGUAAUCUUAUUUAUUUAUUUAUUUAUUAUUUAUUUAUUUACAUCAUAACCGUUCGCUGCAAUUCCAAAAUGCAAGGCCGACUUCACGUACUGUACUGUGGAUUUUAUUUUCGAGUUGAUCUGCAUUUGUUGUACAAUAACUGGGAGUUUUUAAUCGUUCAGAAUGUAUCACCUACUACAUGUGUGAUGCCUUUUAUAUUAAUAAUUGAUGUCAGAUGUAAGAAAAGCCCACUUGCGCCACCUGUUGGUGUGUUAUUGGUCUAUUAGUGCAGUUUGCACCCUCGAGUCAUUUUUUGUUUUUGAACUGAUUGUAUGCCACUAAAUGAAAUCUUUUUUUACCCAUAAAUCUUUAUUUCAUGCAAAAAGUAAAAUAUAUUAUCUAAAUUCUUCAUCGACUGUACAGGACCCUUGGCCAUAGCAAAAAUCCAACUUUGAAGAAUAGAUCAUGUUAAAUUAUUUGCAUUUCUCUUCAUAUGAACUGCCUUUGACGUGCACAUCUGUGUGCAUUUAUGUGCCUAAAUGUAAAUGAGUACAUGGAGUACGAUAUGUUUAGUUGUAGACCAGUAUUAUGUGAACGGUGAUUCUUUUUAUUCUGCAGUAUAUUUUAUUUUCUUAAUGAAAAGCCUCUAAACUCAAUUUAUUUGCUGUUUAUACACCAUUUUAGGGUU